AUGGAGCAGGAAAUCGACGAUUUGGAUGCGAAUCUACCAACACAGAUUGACCCGCCGAGCGUGUUCUCGUUCCCGAGCGACACACUGGCUAUGAUCGCUCCAGCUCGGCAAAGCAUGAAAGUGUCCAAGGAUGCACAAGAACCAAUGAAUCGACGUCGCUCCCGAGGCAGAUCGCAGUCCCGCGGUCGUCGUAUGGCCAUGUCCAAGACCACCCAGGAACAGGAAACACCACCGAUGCGUCAACGACGAGCCCGUACACGGUCACGUUCCGCUGCAAACCGUGGAGGAAGCCGAAGCACAUCGCGUCGUCGCGCUCGCAGCCGUGCACCGUCCCGUUCGCGAUCCCGUUCUGGCCGUAAUCGAUCGCAAAGCCAGAAGCGAACCAGCCGUACUCGUCGACGCUAG